GACAGAAAACAAUCAAACAAAACAAAAAGAAAAAAAACUCAGCUUGUUUUAAGCUGUCAUUGCCACGCAAAGUGACAAAUACCAUGCGAGCUAUUUAAAAACGAACUUUCAUGAACCCAGUGUGAACAAGACGGAAGGGUCACUGCUCAGCCUUAAGUGUCAAGUUAAUUUCCGAUGGGCGGGUGGUGGACGUAUGUCAGACAUAUGCGCGCCGUGGGCGGGUGUUGGCGUGUUGGAAAAGAUGGGAAAAGCAGAAGGGAGUGCUGCGCUUCACCCUGUGAAUUCGCAGAGACCGUUGAUGGUUAGGAGGCAUGUAAGUGGCGUCCGCUUCAGCUCUCCAAAGCUGUGAGCUUUGGCUGGGAGUGACGCGGCGCACUCUGCCUUUCCAAACUGAAAAUAAACACCUGUAUGGACGAGCAUACUCCCAGCGCUGUACAGUCGCCUUCUUCACCCGAACACAACGGCAGGAUCGCGGUUGAGAAGGGGGAUUAUGGAGCGGUGCAGAGGGACGUCAUGACGGUGGAAAACAUGCUGGAGGAGUCGGCCGUGCUCUCGGCGCCUCACCUGGCUGUGGAUCGAUAUGAGCGCAGCCGCCAGGGAUGUUGCGAGAGGGUGGUCAUCAACAUCUCGGGUUUACGCUUCGAGACGGAACUCAAAACUUUCAGCCAGUUUCCAAACACGCUGCUCGGGGACCCGAGGAAAAGGAUGCGCUACUUUGACCCACUCAGGAAUGAGUACUUCUUUGAUAGAAACAGACCCAGCUUUGAUGCUAUCUUGUAUUAUUACCAGUCAGGAGGGCGCAUUCGAAGACCUGUUAACGUCCCCAUUGAUAUUUUCUCAGAGGAGAUUCGCUUUUAUCAGCUUGGGGAGGAGGCCAUGGAGAAAUUCCGUGAGGAUGAAGGGUUUAUUAAGGAGGAGGAGCGCGUACUGCCCAAAAAAGAUUUCCAAAAGCAGGUUUGGCUUUUGUUUGAGUAUCCUGAAAGCUCUGGACCUGCAAGAGGAAUAGCCAUCGUUUCAGUGCUUGUGAUCCUAAUUUCAAUCGUAAUUUUCUGCAUGGAGACUCUGCCUGAAUUUCGGGAUGAAAAAGAUAUAUCCACAGUGGCACCUACAUUGAAUGGCACUGCUCCAAACGUGCCAAACCCCUUCACAGACCCAUUCUUUAUCAUAGAAACACUGUGUAUUAUAUGGUUCUCUUUUGAGUUACUGGUGAGGUUUUUCGCCUGCCCCAGCAAAACCACUUUCUCCAAAAACAUAAUGAAUAUCAUUGACAUUGUCGCCAUAUUUCCUUACUUUAUAACUCUGGGGACAGAGCUGGCCGAGAGCCAAAAAAACAGCGGUCAGCAGGCGAUGUCCCUCGCAAUCCUGAGGGUCAUCAGACUGGUAAGAGUCUUUCGCAUUUUUAAGCUCUCACGACACUCUAAGGGACUCCAGAUUUUGGGACAGACUCUUAAGGCCAGCAUGAGGGAGCUGGGCUUGCUCAUCUUUUUUCUCUUCAUCGGAGUCAUCCUCUUCUCCAGCGCUGUUUACUUUGCAGAAGCAGACGACCCCUCGUCGAGUUUCACCAGCAUCCCUGACGCGUUCUGGUGGGCAGUUGUUACAAUGACCACAGUCGGAUACGGAGACAUGCAUCCGGUCACUAUUGGUGGCAAAAUAGUGGGGUCGCUUUGCGCAAUAGCGGGCGUGUUGACUAUUGCCUUACCCGUGCCAGUGAUUGUAUCGAAUUUCAACUACUUUUACCACCGGGAGACGGACGGAGAGGAGCACCAGCAGUACCUUAACACGGGCAGCUGCGAGCACCUCCCUUCCGACGAGCAGAGAAAGUCGUGCAGCUCCUCUUCCCUCAGCAAAUCAGAGUACAUGGUUAUUGUAGAAGGCUUCAGCAGUGCGUUCAAGCAGCCCAACUUUACAACAGAGACCAAUCAGAACUGCGUGAACAUAAAAAAGAUCUUCACAGACGUGUAAAAGUGGCCCAUAAUGGAUCAUUUAUGAAGCAUAAAGAAAUGUUAGAUCUAUUCUUGUAAUGUUGAUGUAUAGCCAGUCGUGAUGUGUCAGUCCAUAUCUGUGGCUGAACGCUCUAGAUGUCCGUUUUAACAAACCUUAAUGGGCCUAAGAGAUCCAACUGACUGUGCAAUCUCUUUAUAAGUGUAUUGUUAAAACAGAUAUGUUUUAGGGUACAACGCCACAUGAUGCCUACAUAUCUUGGUGUUAUAAUUGCAGUGUUGUCCGUGUUGGGAUACACGUGUAGCAUUUACUCCUGCCAGCCCAUAAAAAAAACAGCGUGUUGUGCUUCGUGGAAAGACCAGUUCCGUUGUCCAGAAAUAUUGAUAUAUUAUGGUAAUAUAUGUAGCCAAGUGUCUGUUUAGGUUAUAUCUAAUAUAAGAAGCUGUCCACGUGUUGGACUCGGCCGUCUUGUUUAGAGAUGGAGAGGGAAAAUGCUUAUCGUGAAUUAAAAGCUGUAUUUUCAUUCAGAAAUACUGAUAUAACCUAUAUUGAAUAAAAACAGAAAUUAAGAGAUCGUGGUUCUGCCUGUUAAUAGCACUUUAAAUCGCGCGAAAAAAGAAGAUUGGGUUCAAAUAAAUAAAUGAGCACAGACUAAUGUGUCAUGUGCUCAGUGAUGACGUACAGCGUGGAUGAACAGACGCAGGACGUUCAGCAGGUUCCGCCUUGUGAUGCAGUCUCCAUGACGACGGUGGUUUCCUGGGCAACCCCCGUCUAAUGUUUUUAUGUUGUUGUGUAAGUUUCCCCAAAUAAUUUCCCAUUUUUGCCAUAGUAGGUGUAAAGCUGGCAUCUAUUUUGAGUGCAUUUUUGUGUCCUGGUUUAUCUAUUUUUGUAUUUUAAAUUCUUUUGGGAAAUUCAGGGUCAAUAAACAUACAUUAUUUUGUUUUUA